GGACGGUUCUAGUUUUUGAUCAUUGCAUAUAACGUUUACUUUCUUUUGUAAACCUCGUCUUAAUGAUUUCCUGCUUCGACAUUGCAUAUUUAGUAUUAAUAUAAUUCCUCUUUGUUUUUUCAGAAGUACCAGGCCACUAGAUAUUCAACUUACCAUCAGUAUUCAAAGGCUUGAUUGGAGUUGUGUAGUAUCUACAAGGUUCAAUACAAUACCCUUACUAAUGGAUGACAUUAUUCCUGACUUAGUACGUGAUACGAAUUUGAGUUUACCCACUUUGGACAAAGUCCCUGUCACGAUUCUGUCAGGAUACCUUGGUGCUGGAAAAACUACUCUUUUGAAUUAUAUUCUAACCUAUGCUCAUAACAAAAAGAUUGCUGUUCUUUUAAAUGAUUUUGGAGAAGGUUCAGCUGUAGAGUCUAGUAUUGCGUGGAGUGAAAAAGAUGGCAACCUCUUUGAAGAAUGGAUAGAAUUGCGUAACGGUUGUUUGUGCUGUUCUUUAAAAGAUGCAAGCGUACGGGCCAUUGAAAAUUUAAUGAAACGGAAGGGGAAAUUUGAUUAUAUUCUAAUUGAGAUAUCUGGACUUGCUGAUCCAGGUCCUGUUGCAUCACUCUUCUGGUUAGACGAAGAUUUAGGUAGUCAAAUUUGCCUCGAUGGAAUCGUAACAGUUUUGGAUUCCAAACACUGUCGGUCACAUCUUAUGAAAUCUACUGGGGAUGAGAUGAGCGAAUAUGAAAGACAGAUACUUUUGGCUGAUGUACUCAUUGUCAACAAAACUGACUUGAUAUCUGAUUUAGAAAAAUCAGAAGUGGUUCAACGUAUUAGAGAUAUCAAUAAUUCUGCUAGGCUCAUUGAAACUAGUUAUUGCAAGGUGAAUUUGGAAGAAAUUCUCGAUCUUCAGAUGUAUUCUAACAGUCCUAAACUGGAAGCUUUUGUUCCGUCUUCCAAAUCAGUAUCAAUUCAUUUGAAUAGACGAAUAUCAACACUGACCUUUGAGUUUUCUCGUCCAUUUAGUCGUAAAUUAUUUGAAAAUGUUAUCGAGUCAAUGCUUUGGGAGCACAGUGUUCGCGAUGAGAGCGGAAAUCCAAUGAAUGUUCUACGCCUAAAGGGAUUUAUUCACUUCAUAGAUGAUGAUUGUACUUACAGUCUACAGGGAUUGAACGAAAUUUAUGAUCUUUCCCCAAUACCUAAUGAAAGAGCUGAAUUGCUUAACCUAGACGGAACACGAUUAAUAUUCAUUGGUCACAAUCUAUGUUCAUCAAUUUUGAAAGAAUUACUCACUGAUUGUACAGUAUGA